AUGAUUUAUUGACUGUGCAACCACUUGUGUGAGAUUCCGCAAAGCUGAUUUCAGUGUCGUGCUGUCUUUGCCAGACGCUUCCGUGGUUACCACAGUAACGGAGCUCCAGCUGUUCGUGUGUACACUUGUUGAUACAAUAGCGAGUGAGCUUGCACAUAAACAAUAUACGUUAAUUGUUAUAUCUCUGACAUAUGCUUAGUUGUUACAUUUUACAUGACCUUUUAUAGCUCUACAUAAAUUGGGUACAUUUGCGGAAGUAAUACAAAUGCGGCCAACAAAGUAUUUCACCCCAACAGAGGUGUCCCUUCAUAACACCCUUGGCGACUUGUGGGUGUCAUACCUGGGCAAGGUGUACGACUUGACACCAUUGGUGAAUGAAUUUAAAGGGGAUGUACUUCUGAAGCCUAUCAUUGAGUGUGCAGGAAAGGACAUCAGUCACUGGUUUGACCCAAAGACAAAAGAUAUUCUGACCCACAUUGACCCACUAUCUGGGUGUGUGAAAUACUACACCCCUAGGGGGCGCUUUGUGCACGUGCCCCCUCCCUGCCCUCGUACUGACUGGACCAAUGACUUUGGGCGACCCUGGUGGAGAGAUACGCAAUAUGAGGUGGGACUACUUUCUGUCAAGACCAGGUGGAUCCGCAUCAUCAACACCCUCACAUCCCAGGAGCAGGGUCUGGAGGUGUGUUCCGAGGAGACCUUGAAUGAGAUUCUCCAGCGGUACCUCCGCUACAACUCUCACGCCGCCAGCUACACUUGGAAGCACGACUGUGUCAACCUGGACAUGAGUAAAACUCUGGAGGAGAACGGCAUCCCCGACGAGGACGAGGACUUCUACAACACACGCAUGGACCGCGACCUCUUCUCCCAGUCCAUCUGCCUGUACUUCAACGACGACCUCACUGAACUUUGACCCCAUAUGUAAGGAUGUUAGAAAAUGGUGGUGAGCAAUAUGAGCAGACAAUCUAUUAAAAUGUUGACUCACAAAAUA